ACCAGAAACUAGAGCGGUAGCACCAAAAUUAAAUCAUGCAAACCGAUCAUAUUUCUUUGCUUCCAAAUAUUCUACAUUCUACUCCUGCCAUGACAAUCAUCUUCUUCUUUCUUUCAUUACUAGCUUUCUUUCUGAAAUUUAUCUCGUCUCGUAAACCAUACCCUCCGGGGCCCAAAGGCUGGCCCAUCAUCGGCAACAUGUUGAUGAUGGACACGCUAACUCACCGUGGACUGGCUAAACUCGCCGCUCAGUACGGGGGCCUCGUGCACCUCCGUAUGGGCUUCCUCCACAUGGUCACAGUUUCGACUCCCGAUAUGGCCCGAGAGGUCCUUCAAGUUCAGGAUAAUAUUUUUUCUAACCGUCCCGCUACGAUGAAUAUUAGCUAUCUUACUUAUAACCGCGCUGAUAUGGCGUUCGCAAAUUACGGCCCUUUUUGGCGCCAAAUGCGAAAAAUAUCGGUGAUGAAGUUGUUUAGUCGUCGACGGGCCGAGUCGUGGGACUCGGUCCGUGACGAGGUCGAUGACAUGGUGAGUAACGUGGUGUAUCAUGCGGGGCUUUCGGUUAAUGUUGGGGAGCUGGUUUUCGGGCUCACUCGCAACAUCGUUUACAGGGCGGCUUUCGGGUCCGUAUCGCGUCAUGGUCAAGAUGAUUUCAUCAAGAUCUUGCAGGAGUUUUCGAAACUGUUUGGUGCUUUUAAUAUAUGUGAUUUUGUUCCCGGGCUGACCUGGCUAGACCCGCAGGGGUUUAAGGUUCGGCUUGUCAAGGCUCGGGCUUCUCUCGAUGGGUUCAUCGACUCGAUUCUUGAUGAACACAUAGCGAACAAGAAGAGUGGCGCUGUUGAUGAGGCGAAUAGUGAUAUGGUAUAUGAGUUACUGGAUUUCUAUGGUGAAGAUCAAGUUAAAGUUAACCAUUUUGAUGAUAUUAACAGCUCCGUGAGGCUCACAAGAGAUAAUAUCAAAGCCAUUAUCAUGGACGUAAUGUUUGGGGGGACGGAGACAGUUGCGUCUGCAAUUGAGUGGGCAAUGUCAGAACUAAUGCGGAGUCCUGGAGACCUUAAAAGGGUUCAACAAGAGCUCCUGGAUGUGGUUGGGCUUCACCGUCGUGUAGAAGAAAGUGACUUUGACAAGCUAACUUACUUCAAAUGUUGUAUCAAGGAGACUCUGAGGCUCCACCCGCCCAUUCCAUUAUUUCUUCACGAGACGGCCCAAGAUGCUGUGGUGGCUGGAUAUCACAUUCCGGCUAAGUCUCGGGUAAUGAUCAACUCAUGGGCUAUUAACCGAGACCCAAACUCGUGGGAUGAGCCAGAGGAGUUUAAACCAUCCAGGUUUCUGAAAGAAGGAAUGCCUGACUUUAAGGGGAGCCACUUUGACUUCAUACCAUUUGGAUCGGGUCGAAGGUCUUGUCCCGGUAUGCAACUGGGACUUUAUGCAUUUGAGAUGGCUGUGGCUCACCUUCUGCAUUGUUUCAACUGGGAAUUGCCUGAUGGCAUGAAGCCUAAUGAAGUGGACACUGAUGACGUGUUUGGACUUACUGCUCCUAGAGCCACAAGACUUGUGGCAGUUCCAACUCCACGCCUGUUGUGUCCCAUUUCUUAAUGUACGGAAAUCCCUGUAUAUUUGCUAUUCUGAUUUUAUACUUCAGUUGGUAAAAAUUAUCUCUAGUAUGAUAAUAUUCAAACUAUAUGCAUGUGAUUUGCUUUCUGA